AUUAGCAAACAAAUGCCUGUUGCAGUAGCAGUAACCUCUUCCUUCCAUAGCUUCUAUAAGCUCAACCAUCGUUUAUCAGCCUCGUUCCUUGCUACGCUAGCCUGCGCGACCCAGAAACCAAUGGUGCCCGCUACCAGCAGCAAUAGCUACAGUAACUUGGGCCCGUACAGGACGAUCAAAGAGAGUGUGACUUUCGAGAAAGAAAUUAAGAAGAGCAAAUUCAUCGCCGUCGCCGGUCCGAUCUCCUCCGAACAAUCGGCUCAUUCCUUCCUAUCCCAGGUCCGCGAUCCCCGUGCUACGCACAAUUGUUGGGCUUACAAGGUAGGAGAUCAAUACCGUUCUAAUGAUGACGGGGAACCAUCAGGUACGGCGGGAAAACCGAUACUUUCUGCAAUUGAAUCAUCCGGAUUAGAUAGAGUUAUGGUGGUUGUCAUUAGGCAUUUUGGUGGCAUCAAACUAGGCACAGGGGGUCUUGUUAGGGCAUAUGGUGGAGUUGCAUCAGAAUGCUUGAGAAAUGCUCCUUCCUGUGUGGUGAAAUCUAAAGUUCCAAUGGGAGUGGAGAUUCCAUUUGAGCUUGUGGGAGUUCUAUAUCAUCAGCUACAAUCUUUUCAAGUUGAGGGCAUCAAGCAGGACUAUGAUACUGGAAAAGAUGGCAUCACCAUGGUAACUUUCAAAGUUGAUUUUGACCAGGUUGAGAAAUUGGAGGAUGCUCUGAAAGCAAAUUGCAGCAGAGACAUUGUGUUUUAUAAAUGAUGAUGCUGUUAGUCAUACAUCAGCAAUUCUCAAUGCUCAGACCUUUUAUUUCAUCAUGGAGUAAGGCACUUUAGAGUUAUUAUGCACACCUCCUUUCCGCUGUAAAAUUUUUGAUGUGCCUGAUCAGAAUUGUGAUUAUCUCCACAAUUAUUAACCAAUUGCUUUGGGAAGCACUAGUAUGAAUCAUUGCCAAAGCUGUUCUCAGCUGAUAUGUUAUUACUGUAAAUAUUAUCAUCAUGUCAAUAGGCCAAGUUCUGUACACUUGCAAUAUAUUAUAGUUGCUGUUUUAAACAGCCUUAAGAUAUAUUGAUACUUUCGCGAAUCUACCAACUGCAUGAAGUCCACCUAGCUGGAAUAUCUAUAUAGAACUGAUUUGAACUGA